GCCGUAUGCCCGCAAUGGGGAACGGGACCCUGCCCCAGCCGAGAGGCAUGGCCGAGCCAGCGGGACACCGGGCGACCAGCUGCUAGAAACACUUGGAUGACUGGAAUUCAAGAUAUUUGGUUUGUGCUCUUACUCUGAGGUAGAGGAAAUAAGCACAAGAAAUUUCUCUAGUUCAGUUAAGGAUCUGUCAUACUCAACUCUGAAGAACUGGGAAGCCUCUUCUGUGUAGAAUUGAAAUAGAUAUUUGACAGUUGUCUUGAAUACAAAUUAAGGCAAAAAUGUCUGUCAUAGAUCCCUAUCAACACAUUGUGGUGGAACACCAGUAUUCACACGUAUUCACUGUGACAGUAAGGAAAGCCACAAAUGUCACAAAAGGAGCAAUUGGUGACAUGCUUGACACUCCAGAUCCCUAUGUGGAGCUGUUCAUCCCAUCUGCUCCUGAUUGCAGGAAGAGAACGAAACAUUUCAAUAACGAUGUGAAUCCUGUGUGGAAUGAGACCUUUGAGUUCAUUUUGGACCCCAACCAAGAGAAUGUUCUUGAGGUUACUUUGAUGGAUGCCAAUUACGUUAUGGAUGAGACUCUUGGCACAUCCACAUUUCCUAUAUCUUCUCUAAAACUGGGAGAGAAGAAGGAGGUCCAGUUAACUUUCAAUGAUGUCACUGAAAUUACUUUGGAAUUGUCUCUUGAAGUAUGCUCUUCAACUGAUCUCCGGUUCAGCAUGGCUUUAUGUGAUGAGGAGAAGAAAUUUCGGCAACAGCGAAAAGAUAAUAUCAUGCACAGUAUGAAAUCAUUUCUGGGAGAGGAAAACAGUAAGAACUUGACCACUUCCCGUGAUGUACCAGUGAUAGCGAUAUUGGGUUCAGGAGGUGGAUUUCGUGCCAUGGUAGGGUUUGCUGGAGUCAUGAAAGCACUUUAUGAAUCAGGAGUUUUAGACUGUGCGACCUACAUUGCUGGUCUCUCAGGAUCCACGUGGUACAUGUCAACUUUGUAUUCACACCCAGAUUUUCCAGAAAAAGGACCGAAAGAGAUUAAUCAAGAAUUGAUGAACUCUGUGAGUCACAACCCACUUCUGCUGCUCACUCCUCAGAAAGUCAAACGCUACAUUGAAGCACUGUGGAAUAAGAAAAGCUCAGGGCAGCCUGUCACCUUCACAGACAUCUUUGGAAUGCUAAUAGGUGAAACACUUAUCCAUAAUAGAAUGGACACCACUUUGAGCAACAUGAAAGAGAAAAUCAAUAAUGCACAAUGUGCUCUCCCACUCUUUACCUGUCUCCAUGUCAAACCAGAUGUCUCAGAGCUUAUGUUUGCAGACUGGGUGGAAUUCAGUCCAUAUGAGAUUGGUAUGGCAAAAUAUGGCACUUUUAUGUCUCCUGAUUUGUUUGGAAGCAAAUUUUUUAUGGGGACAGUCGUGAAGAAGUAUAGUGAAAAUCCCUUGCAUUUCUUGAUGGGCGUCUGGGGCAGUGCAUUUUCUAUAUUAUUUAACAGAGUGCUUGGCGUCUCCAAUUCUCAAAAUAAAGGUCCCACCAUGGAAGAAGAAUUAGAGAAUAUUAGGCUAAAGCACCUUGUAAGCAAUGACAGUUCAGACAGUGAAGAUGAAUCACAGCAUCCAAAAGGCACUGAAAAUGCUGAGGCAAAUCAAGAAUAUCAGAACAGCAGCCAAGAAAGCUGGGUGCAGCGAAUGCUGAUGGCUUUGGUGGGUGAUAGCGCCCUUUUCAACACCAGGGAAGGGCGUGCUGGGAAAGUGCACAACUUCAUGCUGGGAUUGAACCUCAACAGCUGUUACCCGCUCUCUCCUCUGGCAGACCUUCUUACUCAGGAGUCGGUAGAGGAUGAUGAACUAGAUGCAGCUGUUGCAGAUCCUGAUGAGUUUGAGAGGAUAUAUGAGCCACUAGAUGUGAAGAGCAAAAAGAUUCAUAUAGUGGACAGUGGGCUUACAUUUAACCUGCCAUACCCACUUAUCUUAAGACCUCAGAGAGGCGUUGAUCUCAUCAUCUCUUUUGAUUUUUCAGCAAGGCCAAGUGAUUCCAGUCCUCCUUUCAAAGAAAUUUUGCUUGCUGAAAAAUGGGCCAAAAUGAACAAGCUUCCUUUCCCCAAAAUAGACCCAAAUGUAUUUGAUCGAGAGGGCAUGAAGGAAUGCUAUGUUUUCAAACCAAAGGAUACCUCUUCAGAGAAAGACUGUCCAACUAUAAUUCAUUUUGUUUUGGCCAACAUCAACUUCCGGAAGUACAAAGCUCCAGGUGUUCCAAGAGAAACACAGGAAGAGAAGGAUUUUGCAGACUUUGACGUUUUUGAUGAUCCGAAUACACCAUUCUCUACCUUCAACUUCCAGUAUUCCAAUGAGGCUUUCAAGAGGCUUCAUGAUCUAAUGGAGUUCAACACCCUCAAUAACAUAGAUGUGAUCAAGCAAGCUAUGAUGGAAAGCAUUGAAUACAGGAAAGAGAAUCCAUCUCGCUGUUCUGUGUCUCUUAGCAGUGUUGAAGCAAGGAGAUUCUUUAAUAAGAACAAUCUUAACAGCAACCAUACGUAGACGAUGUGUCUUACGUCCCACUCCUUCAAGAAACUGGUUCUAUCUUUAUUACUGGAGUCAAAAAGACAUGAUCAGAGCAUCACUGCUGUGCAAAACUCCUGAAAACAUUUUCUUGUGAAUUUUCAAAUUUCAAUAUAAUUUUGUAC